CUUUUGAAUCUUUUCACUGAAUCGACUCACCAAUAAGAGUCGACGCUUUUGGCUUCCAAACGGCUCAUUACCUUUUGCCCUCCCCAAACCUUUGCCUAUCGAUCGUUUAAAUUGUUCAGCGAUGAUUGUUCAAAACAGUAUUAUACUUUGCUUUGCGUUUGUUCUAAAAAUCUUUUUAAAUAAAUGUAAAAAACAUCUAGGUGCUAGAUAUUUGCAGUGACUAAACGAAUCGUCAAUUAUUUCUGCAUUAAAGGGAAAAGCCACCCUGAACGACUUUAAUAUUAAUAUUUCUGAACAACAUGUGAUCUUCAAUUAUGCAAAAAUAUUUUAAAAUAAAAAUAAAAUUCUGAGUCGACUGUCUGUCCAGCACGUUCGCCUCACACCUCCAGGGUCGGGGAUUCGAUUCCCACCGUGGCCCUGUGUGUGUGGUUUGCAUGUUCUCCCCGUGCUGCGGGGGUUUCCUCCGGGUACUCUGGUUUCCUCCCCCAGUCCAAAGACAUGCAUAGUAGACUGAUAGGCAUAUCUAAAGUGUCCGUAGUGUAUGAAUGGGUGUGUGAAUGUGUAUGUGAUUGUGCCCUGUGAUGGAUUGGCACUCUGUCCAGGGUGUACCCCGCCUUGUGCCUGAUGCUCCCUGGGAUAGGAUCCAGGUUCCCCUGUGACCCUGAAAAGGAUAAACGGUAUAGAAGAUGGAUGGAUGGAUGGAUGGAUGGACUGUCUGUCGGUUUGUUCGUACGUUCAAAAUUCUCCUUAGUUUGAUAUCCUGAGAACGAGUCAUUGAACGUUUGAAGGAAUUAUACAGAAUAAAUUGUAAUCAGCACUUGUCACAGACCUGAUUCCAUUUUUGGAAUCGUUCCAAACAGGGUCAAGGUCACAGCAAGUUCAAAUAUCUGAAAGGAUUACACUUGUUGAAGGUCCCUGUUGACGCCAUUGGUCUCCAGUUCUACUAGUUUGUUUUACUUCUUUCAUCGAAAAUUUUUCUCUUACAUCAGUGAGAUUUACUUCUAACAUCAUCUCUACCUAAAGAGAGCGAUGCAGCAGCACUUUAGUCCUUCAGUCCAUUCAGCUCUCUAACCUCCUCCAAUCUCCUCUAAUCUGUACACUCUACUCAAACAGAAUGCUACCGUGCUUUUCAUCUCAGAGACGCUGUAGCUAACUAGCCCAGACGAUCUCUGCCGUAACUCAACUAUGCUGUAUUGCAUUCUGGAUUCUUUGAGUCCAGCGUUUGCGGUCUCCACUAAUCCUACUUUGGAUCUCUCAUUAAUUGAAUGUAGGAUUUCCAACAUUGAACAUUGUUGGAAAAUGGUGAGUGAGAAAAGAAGCUCUUUUUUCAUUUGUAUUUUUAAGUUAGUAGUGAAAUUUUGAGUAUUAUGAUUGUUAUGAUGGGGCACACGGAGGCUUAGUGGUUAGCACGUUCGCCUCACACCUCCAGGGUUGUGGGUUUGGUUCCCGGUAUGGCCCUGUGUGUACAGAGUUUGCAUGUUCUCCCCGUGCUAUUGGAGGUUUCCUCCGGAUACUCUGGUUUCCUCCCCCAGUCCAAAGACAUUGCAUUAUGAUUAUGUUAGGGAGCAUUGGACAUUUUUUCUCCAAUUAAAUGCUAUCGUAACUGCUCUAGCAAUAUCCAAUCAAUGCAGCAUACAACAUCUUCUCACCAUACCUUUUCACAGGAAUAACAAAAACAAAGCUCCAGCCAACAACUGAAUCACUUAGCACAUCACCACUAUUUCAAUAUAAACAUAUUUAAUGUGUUUCACGGUGGACUUUUUCUGGAAUAUUAUUGUGCACUGUAGUAAUAAGGCAUGUGCUGCCUCAGUAAGACAGAGAAGAGAGUGAAACAUUAAUCUCUCUAGAGCACAUGUUUCCCUGGAUGCUUUUCAAUGACACUUACACUGUAUCUGAUUAACGGCAUAAGAGAAUUGUAAGAAUGGUGAUUAAUUUUCAGUGAGAGCAGGAUUGAUUUGUCUUGCCAAAAAGAGAUGUGUGGCAGCUUUUUUUUUUUUAGGUGAAUAUUUUCCCUUUUUUUUUUUUUUUAAAUGACACAUUUUUGAAAAAAGACGACUCAUUUGUGAACGACACAUCACUAAAUCAAACUCAAUUUCAGAAAUCACACUUUAGUAAUCUAACCAUGUUUACUGUUUUUGUUGUUGUUGUUGUUGUUGUUGUUCUUGUGUGCGAACAAUGUAGGAACAGUACUGUUCAAUUUAUGUGUUAUUAUUUGAAGUUCUCAAUGCAGAUCUUUAUCAUUUUUGCCAUAUAACAUAAUAAAUAAUAUAUAAUAUAUAUUUUGAUUUCUAUCCUGCCAUCCAUUUUCUGUGUCAGAACUAUUUGUUCUCAGCCACAUCCAAUUUCUGUGCAGUGUAGUGUGUUUUUCCACUACAGCACAGAUAUCCAUUAACCUGUGAAUCUGUGAAUUUCAAUUUCAGUGGUACGUCUUUGUGAGAACCUCUGCUUGAAUGUUGUUGUUUGUUUAUAAACUAGAAGAUUACAUGUUAAUCAGUAUAUCUAUAAGGACAGGAAGGGGAGGAGUGUGAAAAUGCAAUUAUGUCUGGGAAUGUAAAUGCUUUGCUGCUUGCGGUGUCUUUUUACUCCGCUGUUUAGCUUUUUCCUCAUCAUGCUAACUGGUCUGGGAGAAAGAUAAUGAUCCUCUGGUGAAGAAAAUGAAAGGUUUGUCUGUUGUCGUGGCUAUAGUACUGUCCUUAUCAUUGGCCAAACACAGAACAUCUGAUGAAGUUGUUUUGACUGCCUGGCCUCAGGGACAGCACUUCUACUUCUGGGAAUCCAUCGUUCUGAAAUGUGAGAUAAAAAGGAACUCUUCAGAGGUGUUGCGCUACAGUUGGUUUAGACACAACCUCAGUGAGGCUACUACCCCGAGCCGUGCUCACAGAGUGAGCCAUCACAUUUACUCCAUUUCAGCGCUGACCCCCGAGGACAGCGGCACGUACUGGUGUAAAGCUCAGAAACAGGGCACAAAUUCCACCCUCCUGAGUAACUCUGUGUCUUUAAGUGUCACAGCAGCCUCACCUCCUGCAUCCCUGGAGGUCUUGCCUGACAGCAGUCAGCACUUGCAUGGCAGACAGUUUUCUCUGCGCUGUUCUGUACAUGGUGGUAAAACAGCAGGCUGGACCCUGAGGCGGCUUCGCGGUGGUGAAGUAAAUUCAGACUGUUUGAAGAUGGAGGGCAGAGUUGACCUGAAGAUACAAGGCAUGUGCAGCUUUAACAACAUCACUGGUCGAUUAAGUGGCUUGUACUGGUGUGAAGCAACCAGAGGGGUUCAGCGCAGCAAUGCCAUCAACAUCACUGUGAGCGAUGGCCAUGUGAUACUCCAGACUCCAGUUCAACCUGUAAUGGAAGGACAGACGGUGACAUUACUAUGUAAGACUUCCUUCAACUUCAAACACCAAAUAUCCAUCUAUAGAGACGAUGGGCAGCACAUAAAUAAUACUAAUGUGACGAUGGAGAAUGUGACUAAGGCUCAUGAGGGAUUUUACAAGUGUGUCAACCCAAACGCUUCUGUAGAGAGUCCAGAAAGCUGGCUGUCAGUGAGAGGUAUCGCUACAGAUCAGGCAAAGGAAGAAAACGCCUUUAUAGCGCCGUGGGUCUGGGCUGUCUGUGUCAUUGUCAUCAUUCUGCUUCUGAUCCCUAUCACCUUUCUGCUUGUACUAAGUCUCAGAAAGAGAGUAAAGUUGUUUCCAACAUGCAGAGAAUUUAAUACCCUUCAGGAAAUGCCUCAAACCAAACAGGAUGUGACAGAGAUCCAGUGGGACCUAGCCUGGAUGGAGAUGACUAAUCUGUUAGACAAGCCAUGCCCUGGCAGCUGAGCAGUUCUUAAACUAUUUACAUACUAUUACACUAAUGACAAUACAACAGUGCAUAAUGUCUUCAUGGACAAAGUAACAUAUACUGAGAAUCUCUAAUCCAUAUUGUAUUGUUAAUAUGCAAUGUAUUUGACAGAAAUGUUUAUUAGAGAAGGUAAAUAAGUAUCCAUGUAUCCUCAUGAAGCUGAAAUGUGACAGUAAAAAUAUACAGAUAUUUCUUUGUAACAUUUUUUUUUGUAAAGUGAAUAUUUGGAAGUUGCUUAAUGGGUUUAUAACAAGCUUUUACAUUUCUAAUAAGAAACAUUAUUUCUUAUAUAAAAAAAUGCAGCUGUCAAGGUCCUAUCCACACCUAGAUAUAACCACCUACACAUACUCACAUACAACCUGUAAUGUGUUUUAAAAACACUAGAGGGCAGAGCUGACAUUACGUUAUUGCCUAUUGUUGUUUUGCCCGACGGUGAGAUUUAAUAAAAACACCUAGGCACUUUGAUCAGAGUAAUAACAUGAAAUUGAUUAUAGUAGUGAUAACUCUGAUACAAUUCUUACAGUCAGGUUAAUAAAAGUGUGUGAGAGAAUAA